CGUAUACAAGAACCGAAACAUAAAGAAAGACUUUGGGAGCAGGCCUCCCUCCUCAACUCUUCCGUCCGAAGCAACUUCAGAGUCACACCCUCACUUUCCUCGUCCUUUCGCUCGUGGGACACUCCGGUGACGACCUGCAGCAGCAACGACCAAUCGCAAACCGUUCGGUGAUCCCGUCGUUGCGUUGUAACGGGUCCGUGAAAGUCAGUUACAUCACCGGCCGAUCUUCCUCUCCCCGUCGCCCCGACACGUGUGACGAAAGAUGAGACCUUUCUUCGGAUUCCGUACAUGACGCCACGCCGUCUCGUCUCCCGUUCCGGAAAAUUGCCCAGGAAAUGGAAAGGAAGGAGAAGACUCAACGGCGUUUGGGGGUUUAAAUUUUCAAACCCUAACUCGCUUGGUGCUCGAUCUCUCUCUCUCUCUCUCUCUCUCUCGACCUCGACCGUCUUCGCAGUUGCUGUUGAUUGGUAAUUGCUUGCCUCUCUGAAAUCUUCAAGUUCUCGAAUGAGCAGGGCCUUCGCUGCUUCGAGGUGAAUUCCUAUUUCUUUCCUCCAUUUGGUUCCGAUUCGGAUUCGGAUUAGGGGUUGGCUUGCUCAAUUGUGAUGGUAGCUGUUUGAAAUCUCGAUCAUUUCUGGGAAUUUUUGGUGGGUCAUCGUCUUUGAGAAGGAAAUGAGAGGAAAAAGAGUAUCCACAAAUUGGCAUCCUAGAGCUUGUGCUGGCAAGACAAUUCCAGAUAGUUGCAAUGUGAAAAGGAAUUUCGAAAACAUUGUUCUCAUCGAUGUAGAUUGUGAUGAUUUCGAUGAGGUUAUUAUUAUUGAUGUCCCUGAAGCUGUACAGGAGAAGUUGCGAGGUGCUGGUGUACCACAAAAGAAUAGGGGGUUUCCAAAUCAGGGUGUAAUUAGUAUUGAUGAUGACGAUGAUAAUGGGGAUGUUGAGCUUCCUGGACCCAGUGUGGCAGGUGUUGGUGAGUCGGAUGGCGACGCCACACCAAGCAGAACACCCUCCCCCUCCUCCAACUUGGGAGAAUCUGCGGACUCCGAUGCUGAUGAAUGUUGUGUCGUUCCCGAGGAGUGUUGUGCUUUGAAGUCAUCUAGGAGCAAGAACUCCUAUAGUGGUGAAGGUGAAAUUCCCUGUAGAAAUCGUUAUGGUCUCAGUCCCGUUUCAGAAGAUGUCUCCUUUGAUAGUGAUUUCUCUGACUGUGAGGUCGUGGAAGAUCCCUCUGGGAAGCUUCGUGAACAGUGGGAAAAUGCUUUUUCUAAAAGAAAACAUGAUACCUUUAAUAUGCAUCUUCAUUCGGAAGAUCAAGUUAAGGCUUCUGGAUUACAUACUGAUGCUUGCAUGAGUGAAGAGGACUAUUACUCGUCUAAUCCAGCGUGUUCUAGUUCACGCAAUGCAAAAGCAAAAGAAAAAUUUUCUUCUGGUGAGGGGUUUCCUGUCAAUUUAGGAGUCGGACAUGAUCAUGACGAGCCCUCUUUAUUGUUCAGUAAAGACAGAGCCAAUAGACAACAUAAUAGUGUGGGUAAAGAGUCCAAAUGUAUGGGAAAAUCUGUUUUGGACAAUAUUACCCCAGCCAGGGACAUCCCUGAUGAAUCUGACCAGGGAAGAAGUAGUGUUAAGGAACAGUCUUCUUUGUUGAAGAGCAAAAUUGGUAGUGAAACUUUUGCUGAUGGUGAAAGAGAUGCACAAGCGGGUGAUGGGCUACAGAAUAAGCGUUUUCGCAGCAACAAUUCUGUUCCUGAUGAGCUAGUGCAUGAAAGAACUGUUCCUCACAAAGAGAAUCUCUCUGGCAAACCAUUGGUGCCAAAAUCCUGCCAUACAGGCAAAGUACAUGUUGAUUGUGGUGCAAAAUACCAAGUUGGUGACAGUAAAGAUACUUCCUCAUCUGUUGGCCAGUCUGGAGUUAGAAGUGCAAUGGCUUGUCAUGAUGAAACCGCGGAACAACUUGCGCGGAGAACUCAGAUAGUGGAAGAGGAAGACUUAGUUGCUAAAUCAGCAUCUAGUCUUCUAAGUCGUGAAGAAAAGGAUUGUUCACAUGCUCAAGAUGGUGAUUGCGUGCCUAGUGUCCAAAAGGACAUUAUCAAUGGACGGGAAAUGCUUAAGGAAACUGAUGAAUACAAGCGAGCAGAGGAAGCAGAAUGGGCAUCUCGGCAGCGGCAAUUACAACUACAGGCAGAAGAGGUCCAGCGGUUGCGGAAGAAAAGAAGAGCUGAAAAUAUGCGAUUAUUGGAUAUGGAAAGAAGGCAAAAGCAGCGGAUUGAAGAGAUGAGACAGACACAAAAGAAGGACGAGGAAAACAUGAACCUGAAAGAGCAACUUCGUGCUGAAAUAAGGAAGGAGAUAACUAAACUGGAAAUAACAUGCACUGAUAUGGCCUCAUUGCUUCGUGGACUGGGGAUACAUAUUGGAGGCGGUUUGUGUCCCUUACCACAGGAGGCAAGUACACACAGCUUAUAGACGUGCCUUGCUGAGAUUUCACCCAGACCGGGCAUCAAGAAAUGACAUCCGCCAGCAGGUUGAAGCUGAAGAGAAAUUUAAAUUACUAGCUCGCAUGAAGGAGAAACUUAUGUGGGCUUAAAACGAUCAUCAUACUACACAGCGGUAUGCAGUGCUGCUGCCUCGGUUUCUUCUCUUCUUUUCUGAAACCGUGAUCAGAUAGCGAUUUUUUGUUGUCCAUAAUGUGUCAUUCUUAAGUUCUCUAAGAUGCAUGUAUAGAGUGGAUGUCUGUAACACAUACCAUCAGACAGAGAGUCCUCUACCGAAGAAGUGUAGUUUUUUUAGGGGCUGA